AUGAUGCUUCAAUCCUCCCGAGUUGCGCUGCGAGUCGCCCAGGCCAAGGCUGGUUCCUCUGCUUCAUUGAGCCGAUCGGCCAGCCGCGCGUUCUCGACUUCGUUGGUCCAGAACAAGGAUGUCCAGAACAUCACCGUCUUCGGAGCUGGUCUCAUGGGCGCCGGCAUCGCGCAGGUGCUGGCUCACAAGGGCAAGUUCAACGUCACCCUCUCCGACGUCACCGACAAGGCGCUUGCCAACGGCCAAAACAUCAUCUCGAAAUCGCUCGUUCGCAUCGCAAAGAAGGCCAUGGCAGAGGCCAGUGCAGAAGAGCAGGCUCAGUUCGUCAAGGGCGUCGUCGACUCGAUCAAGCUGACCACAGACCCAGAGGCAGCCGUCAAGGACACUGACUUGGUCAUCGAAGCCAUCAUCGAGAACGUCGGCAUCAAGAAGGAUCUUUUCGGUUUCCUCGAUGGCAAGGCUCCCAAGGACGCCCUCUUCGCAUCCAACACCAGCUCGCUUUCUAUCACCGACGUUGCCGAGGCCGUGUCCGCUGAGAGGCAAGAGUUCUUUGGCGGCUUCCACGCUUUCAACCCUGUUCCACAGAUGAAGCUCGUCGAGGUCGUACGCACCACAAAGACGAGCAACGACACAUUCGACUCGCUCACCGAAGUGGCUAAGCGCAUGGGCAAGACGCCUGUCGCGUGCAUCGACUCGCCUGGCUUCAUCGUCAACCGAUUGCUCGUCCCUUACAUGCUCGAGGCCAUUCGCCUGGUCGAGCGAGGCGAGGCUACCGCCAAGGAUGUCGACAUUGCCAUGAAGCUCGGUGCCGGAUACCCGAUGGGACCCUUCGAACUUGCCGACCUUGUUGGUCUCGAUACUCUCUCGCACAUCGCCAAGGGCUGGAGGGAGACGCGUGUCAAGACAGGUGAGAUCACCGGGGAAGCUGUAGCCGAAUCCAAGCUGCUCGAAGACCUGGUCAAGCAGGGCAAGCUCGGCAAGAAGAGCGGCGAAAAGGGUGGCUUCUACGAAUACCCUGCUCCCGCCAAAAAGUGA